AACGACUCAGUCUCUAUCAACGCAUGGUCACGGGCACAACGAGCAGAUAGUUAAUCAGUGAUAGGACGGCGGCGCGGAGGAAUGCGCGCAAGUGACUUUCUUAUCCCAUUCAUUUCUAAUGCCAUUUUGGAAACGACUGCAAGGCCGCCAGUUUAAUAAAUGACACUGCCACAGUAGCUCUGCGGUGCAUAUCGAUUCCGAAGGUCAGAGUGUGAGGAAUUUGAAAAAUUAUCUGUUUCAAAGUGAAUGAAAUUAAUAGUGUGAAAAUUGUGACUGCAAUAUGAGAUCAACUGUGCUGCUGUUAAGUGUGUGGCUCUUCACCUGCCAAGGCAUAUAUGCUUAUAUUGUGGAUCCAGGACCCACCGUGAUAGCUACCAAAGGUAAGGGUGCUCUGUGGCCGAAACCAAAAUCACAAACCAUCAGCCAGAGGUACUCGGUUAUCAAGCGACCUACAUUCCAUUUUCAGGUUGUUAACCAAACAUGCGACAUUUUGACCAAAGCUAUUGAUCGGUAUCAGAAAAUCGUACUCAAUGUUGGCAACGAUUCUCGACGAUCGCUGUUCGGUGCUUCCAGACCAGAGAAGAUUUCCACAAGAAGAUCAUGGCGCUCGGAUGUAAACUUCAACGAAUAUUUGGAGGAAGUGACGGUCAACCUUAAGGCACCAUGUGAAAAUUUGCCGUACUUGGGAAUGGAUGAAUCUUAUGAAAUUAUCGUCAGUGAAACACGAGCCACAAUUGAAUCGUUCUCCGUUUGGGGUACUUUAAGAGGCCUGGAAUCGUUCUCCCAGAUGGCAGUUCUUUCUAACGAUGGAAGCAUGCUUUACGUCAACUUAACGACCGUUGCGGACAGUCCUCGUUUCUCCCAUAGGGGGCUUCUGGUAGAUACCUCACGUCAUUUCGUCACCCUUUGUACGCUGAUAAAAAUCCUUGACGGAAUGGCCUACAACAAACUGAACGUGUUCCAUUGGCACAUCGUCGAUGACCAUAGCUUCCCCUACCAAAGCAAAGUCUACCCGGAGUUGAGCGAUCAAGGGGCGUACCAUCCAUCGAUGAUCUACACGCCGCAUGAUGUACAGAAUAUCAUUGAAGAAGCUCGUCUAAGGGGUAUUCGUGUCAUAUCUGAAUUUGACACUCCUGGACACACCCGGUCGUGGGGUGUUUCCCAUCCGCAACUGUUGACUGCAUGCUACGAUCAAUACCGUGGAAAGCUAGGCCCCAUGGAUCCUACCAAGGAAUCGACGUACACGUUCUUGUUCAAGCUGUUCCAGGAAAUUGUUGAGGUGUUCCCUGACCAGUUCGUCCAUCUCGGAGGUGACGAAGUUGGGUUCGAAUGUUGGGCUAGCAAUCCCGACGUGAUGGAGUACAUGAAGCAGAACAGGCUCUACUCGUUCGAGAUGCUGGAAGAGAAGUUCAUUCAACGCAUCGUGGAUCAAAUCGAUGUUCUGAACCGAAGCUCACUGGUGUGGCAAGAGGUUUACGUCAACGGAGUGCGCUUGCCCAAUGGAACUGUUGUACAUGUUUGGACUGGAAAUCGCCAGGAUCUUCUCUAUAGGAUAACGAGUGACGGCCUUCCGGCACUACUGUCGUCAUGUUGGUAUUUGGACCAUUUGAGCACUGGAGGAGAUUGGCGAAAGUUUUACAAUUGUGACCCACAUGAUUUCGUUGGAACGCAGAAACAAAAGAACCUAGUGCUGGGCGGUGAAGCGUGCAUGUGGGCUGAAGUUGUGAACGAUCAUAAUAUUCUGCAACGGAUUUUCCCACGUGUUUCGGCCACGGCUGAAAAGCUAUGGUCUCAGGAAGAAGUUACUAAUACUGACGAUGCAGCUCGUCGCCUGGAAGAGCACACGUGCCGCAUGAAUUUACGAGGUAUUCCGGCUCAACCACCCAAUGGGCCUGGCUUCUGCAUUUAGAAUGACAACAAAUGAUGCGUAAAACAUUUUUUAUUCUGAAAA